UUCCGCUGGAUUGAUGGAUCCGAAUAAAUUGAGAGAUAUCGUACUGAAUGCAGAGUUUCCGCACGUGGUGUUAAAUGUAGCCGUUCCAUGGGAUUGUUUUGAGCUAACAUUCGAAGAGUGGUGUGCAAAGUACGACAGUGCGCGGAAGGAAUUGGUAGCAUUUGAGGGAUGUUCCGUAAAAGCCGGUCGCCGUCCGCAAUGGGAAAGGGCACGUACUGAAAUGAAGAUGAGUAUGAGCGAUAUUUGUAAGUCCCAGCCAGAUACCGCCGGACGGUGGAAUUCGUUUAGCUAUCGAAAUAUCUCGGAACUACCGGCAGUAUGUAGGAGUGGCAUCAAUUUUGCUUGCUUUGGGUUCCCGAGCGUCGACGAGGACAUCUCCUUUUGGAUCGGUUCACCCAAUGCACACACUCCUUGUCACUACGAUACGUAUGGGUGCAACAUAGUGGUACAAGUUUUCGGGAAAAAAUCCUGGAUUUUAUUUCCGCCGGAGACAAAGCUUACACCGGUGCGCGUACCAUUCGAAGAGUCGAGCGUAUACUGUGAGGAAAACUUUUAUAGUCCUCUGUCGUACGGUGAUCUAACGGGCGUAGAAAAUCAAGCAUACCAUGUCGUUUUGGAGCCCGGUAUGGCCUUGAUUGUUCCGCCGAGAUGGUGGCACUAUGUGGAAACUCUGGAACCCUCGUUAAACUUCAAUACUUGGUUACCUUUGCAAAACGACACCGAGGCCCUUCUUUCGGAAUGUAUCACCAAGAUCUUGAUCCAGGACAUUUGCCAGGACCUGCAGCUGUCAGUAAAAAAGCAUGUUUUCAAUCCGAACGAGGAUUCGAUAAGCGGGGACGAGGGGCUGAAGAAAUCAUUUGCCAUAUUAGACUAUCUUACGCACCAAAAAAAAUACAACAAGCAUCUCCGGGCCGAUAGAAAACGCUACUCUGCAGGGUAUCUUUCCUCCGAAGCGAUGAGUACGCUUUUAGAAGACAGUAAAGCUUUCGUUAGGCCAGUGUCUCGGUUGGAAAAUUGUAGCUUUUUCCAAAUGAUGAAACACAACCAUCUUCGGUACGACGCAAGUAUUGAUCGCCGAUUCGAAGAGUCGCUACACAAAAGAGAAGCUGAACAAUUAACCUCUGUUUGUAGAAAGAUAAAUUGUUGCUGCAAUCCAGCGGUAGUGCAGCUAAUAAAGGAAGCAUUGCUGAGAUGA